CUCCAAGUUUGGACUGAUUUUGGAGCCGAGUUUAGGCCUAUCACUAAGCCAGUUAGACCGUCGUUUAGCUUCUUACGUCUCCAUCAUGGCGCUGCCCUGGCUUCGUUUCGGUCUUGUGGCGUCUUUGAUAUUCCUCGUACACCAAACAGCAGCAGUUGGUGAAACGGAUCCCCAGUAUUGGUACGACAGAAGCCAAGAUGAGCUGGUUGCCGCCCUGACCGAGUCCGAAGGCUUCAACAAAAACACGGCCGAUGGAAUGAUCUUGUUCAUCGGUGACGGUAUGAGCGUUCCCACCGUGACUAGUGUCAGGAUCUGGAAGGGGCAGAAGGACGGAUUCACUGGAGAAGAGUCUAAACUCGUCUACGAUGACUGGCCGCACCUCGGAUUCUCCAAGACGUACAACACCAACUCGCAGGUGCCUGACUCCGCAGGGACCGCCACGGCGUACCUAUCGGGCGUGAAGACCAAGCGCCGAGUCCUGGGCUUGGACUCCGGUAUCACCGUUGGUGACUGCGCGUCGACAUUCGGUCAUGAAAUGGACUCCAUCUUAACCAUGGUCAAGAACAAUGGUAUGCCCGUAGGUAUCGUCACCACGACCCGAAUCACCCACGCGUCCCCAGGGGGAGCGUACUCCCACGUACCCGAGCGGGGGUGGGAGGAUGACAGCGAGCUAACGGAAGAGGCCAAAGCGAACGGGUGUAAAGACAUCGCCAGGCAACUGGUGGAAGAUACCGACAUUGAUGUGCUCAUGGGCGGAGGGAGAAACAGAUUCAGGAUGAAGUCCCAAAAGGACGAAUCGGGUCUUCCUGGCUCCAGGGAUGAGUUGGAUCUGAUAGCUGCCUGGCAGGAUAAGUACACGAAUAAAGCCAGUGCGGAGUUUCUGGCAACCAGGGAUCAGCUGCUGGCCCUUGACCCUGAUAGUACGGAUUAUCUCCUAGGUCUGUACGCGUUUUCAGAGAUGGCAUAUGACAUCGAGAGGACUGCUAAGGAACCCUCACUGGCCGAGAUGACGGAGGUUGCCAUCCGGAUUCUCAAGAGGAAGGCUCAGGAGAGGGGCACACGAUACUUCCUCUUCGUUGAAGGUGGAAGGGUCGAUCAUGGCCAUCAUUUCAAUCAAGCCAAACACGCCGUGACAGACGGAUUCGCUCUGGAGCAAGCUAUAACUAAGGCCAAGGAACUGACUACCUCUAACACUCUCAUGGUUCUGUCAUCGGAUCACAGCCACUCCAUUAGUUUUGCCGGUUACCCUAAACGUGGAAAUCCUAUAUUUGGUAAAAUAUUCUCCGACACGAAAAACUACCCAUACACAACGCUCGGCUACUACACAGGAAAAAAUGCUUUACUGCAAGUAGCGACAUCGUUCAAGUUUAGCGGACAUCGCCCCGACAUUACUAACGUUGACACGGAGAAAUCGAACUACGAGCAGCAGUCGUUUGUCGCCACCCUGACGGGAGCGCACAGCGGCGAGGACGUGGCCAUCUUUGCCACGGGGCCCUGGUCCCAUCUCAUCCACUCCGUCCACGAGCAGAACUACAUCCCGCACGUCAUGAUGUUCGCCGGCUGCGUCGGGGACUACUUCAACACCUGCCGUGACUCGCCUUACCUCAACCCCCGUCUGACGGACGAGGACGCGGCUGUGCCGGCCAGGUUUCGCGCAGGUCUCGGGCUGAAGUAGCCCUGGGUGGAUCCUCGGGCGCGCACGGUCCGUCACCCCGUUUGUCAGUUAUUCGCACUUUUGUUUGUCCCUUAUAAAUCAUACCUUCUAAACACUUGACUUCAUACUAACGAUAUAUUCAUGCAUGAUUAUUCAUUCUGUAAAAUUGUGUCUUCAGACAAAUAAGUAAACAGGUCUUACCAUUUUUUACACUAAUUUUUAAUACAAAACAAUUUUUCGAGAUAACAAGCGACUAAUUUGUAUUGUGUAUUUUUAUUUCCAAAAGUUGUAUUGCAAUAUAUUAUGUUACCAUUAUUUUCUAAUCAGUAUUUUU